AUGGUACCAGCUACUUUAGCCUGCCCACAGCAGGGGCUGUACGGACCAGUACACCAGGAUGAUUACUAUUAUGAGGUGCCUUUGAUGAACACCACCAACAUUGACUUUGUGCUUCAUAAUUCCAUGAGACUGAAAACAAUCGUUUGUUUCUCAUCAAUUAAUGAAGUCAGAUUAAUAGCCCUGCUGAACAGUACACAAGAUGGUUGUCCAUUUAAUGAUACUACAGAUACAAUACUUAUACAAAACACCCAAAAUCAUAAAAUAGAGGUAGUAGUGGAGUCUGGUAAUACUCAUCACUGUGAUAACGUUGAUAUACACAUACAUAUGGAGUUCAUGACGGAAGGUAUUGGCAAUGGCACGUUCUUCAAUAAAACAACCGGCAACUUAACCAUCAGAUUAAAUGAGCCCUAUGAAAACAUCUAUUUUCAAAAGAACAAUGCGAAUCAUCAGUGUGAAUUAGGGUCGAAUCCGUGCGGUGGAAGUUCUUCAUGCCCUACAGGAUGGACUUGCAACAGAGUCGAUGAAACACAAUAUUCAUGUACAUGUCGAGAAUGUGAAAAAUACUUGGGUGAAGAAUGCAAUGGUGUCAACAAACUCAAAACAUUCGUUUGUGGGAGAAUUUGUUCCUAUAAUCAUUUAGGAAUACAAUGUAAUCCUAGUAAUAUGUUUUACAUUGAUCCAAGUUAUUGCUGCUUUCUUUCCAUAACUAAAAACGAGGAAUGCAGCCAUACUAACUAUGCGGAGGUACAAACAUCCGAAUAUACGCAUAGCUAUACUGAUACAUCUUUCAACACGUAUACUGAGGCAGAGGAAGAUGAUAACUAUUAUGCGGUAUCGUUGAUGAACGCCCCCAAAAUCGAUUUUGUGCUUAAUAUUUCUACUCAUCGGGAAAUAAUCGUUUGUUUCUCAUCAAUUAAUGAAGUCAGACAAAUAGCCAUGCUGAAUAGUCGUUCACAAGAUGUUUGUCCAUUGAAUAAUGCUACAGAUACAAUACUUAUCAAAAGAAAUCAAAAUACUUGUAAAAUAAGGGAAGUGGAGUCUAACAAUACUCAUAACUGUGAUAACCUACAAGAUAUUCACAUACACAUGGAGUUCAUGACGGAAGGUAUUGGCAAAGGCACGUUCUUCAAUGCAACAACCGGCAACUUAACCAUCAGAUUAAAUGAGCCCUAUGAAUACAUCUAUUAUGAAAAGAAUAAUGCGAACAUUCACUGUAAUUUAGUGCCGAGUCCGUGUGGUACUGGUUCUCCAUGCCGUAAUGGAUGGCAUUGCAAAAUGAGCAAUGGAACACCUGAUUAUACAUGUCAAUGUGGACAAGCAAGCUGCCACA